GGAGGCCAGUGGUAGGAAGGUUGCAGUCUGUACCAGUUGCUGUCUGAUGACUAAGAUAUUUGUCUGUGAUUCACAACAGCCCAGCAAACCUCAGUGAACAUCUUUGGAGCCAGAGGGGACGAAGGGUGUUGCUAUGGAGACCUACAGAAAGACCUCCAUGCUCAUAAUCCUCUUCAUGCUGCGAUCAGUUUUCUGUCAAAACAAAACAGACACAAGAGGGCAAACUGAAACAAUUGAUAAAAUCAACGUGAUAAUCAUCGUCACGUCGUCACUGGCAGCAGUGAGCUCCUCUAUCAUCGUCGUCUUCCUUGUCGUUAGCUGCAUUAAGAGGAUACGACGACAGCCGCAGCCAAACCAGCAAGUGGUGUACAUUGAAAGCGUGCAGCCAUUGAGUACGCAACAGUUGAACACGACGACUGAGAGUAUUCUGUCAAAUGUCAACCCAAACUCAGUCUCGGUUCCACACUUUCAACGUCAGCUUCCCGUUUCCACAGAUACAAUGCAGCACCAUCAUUUGCCAAUGGGACAUUUUCAGGAAACCCAUCACUGCUUUUGUCGCUACAUGAGCACAUCCCACGAAGACCUUGGACGUCACCCGAUGUGGCACGGCUACCCGACAUUAAGGGAGGAAGACCAAGCGACUAUGGACAUGGCUUCCAACAGGACCCGCCGGGGUCACGAGGACAGUGCCAGUGCCAAGAAAUUGAAGUCCUCACGACGACUGAGCAGGUCAGUCCCAGACCUGUCCAUGCCUCGCAUGAAGCCCUUUCUCCCGAACAUGCCAGAAUUUCCCGAAGAGUCUUUGCCAUCGAAAGGAGGAUCGUCUCGGAAGCAAAGAACGCUCUCUGACGAACGAGACCCCUCUCGAUGCAGACAGGAGGAUGUCAUGGCUCGUGUGAAGCGCUCCAGAGACAGGCUUCGUUACAGCCGAGACCACGAGACAAAAAUCAGUCAGUGGUUUUCCAAGCGAAUCUCUGCCCUCAGCGACGGCACGAACGUUGAACGUGAUUCCAGUCGAACGACAGGCAGCGAGGACAUGGGCUAUGUUCAGAUGUCCAGUUCACAAGACCUCUCCUCCCCGCGACAACCAGCAGACACUGUUCAAUCAAGACCUAGACAGGCACCAGUUGGUGGAAGUCGAACCUCAUCCCACAUUUACCAAAAUUUACCGUGCAUGUCAAGCAAAACAAAAUAGGUUCCUUUGCUUUUUUUUUUCUCAUAAGUGAAUCUGUUAUCAAGAAAACAAGCUGGAAAUGAAGCCAUGCUAAGACAUACUAUGAUGAUAAAUAAA